AUGGCUGAGAAUCUGGCCUGCUUGCUUAAAGACAUGGCCCCAGUAUCCGAUGCAGACGCCGAAGAAUUCGCGAGGUCCUUCCUCCCGGACUAUCAUGGACCUUGCGUCAGAAUUGUAAUCAACUCUAGUGAUCGAGAAUACACAGUUUCAAAAACACUACUCUGUAAAGAAUCGGCAUAUUUCGCAGCUAUGUUUGAAAGCGGGUUCUCAGAGGGUGAGACUCAAUCAGCAAUUCUAGAAGCAGUCGAUGGUGUUGUCUCAGUGCAAAGUUUUGAGGGACUUCUACAAUGGCUUUACCUGGGUAGAGUUACCUUUGAUUCUUUAAACCCUGAAGAUCGGGUAUCAGCUAUCAUCGAGUUUACGAGGCUUGCGGACAUGUGCAGCAUUACUGGGAUGGAGUCUCAAAUGGCUCAGAACCUCAAGGACAUUUUUGUUGCCAAUCCACCUCCUGAUUUUCUCAUAGCACUCAAUACCUGUGUCAAUACCAACACACGUGAUAUCACCUCUCAGCACAUUGCUUCAGCAGCUAAUUUGCCUGCCGAGCACCCAGUUCGUUGCAUGUUAGCUACGGCCUCGGUUGAGGGGUUCCUUCGAAACGAGAACUACAAAUUUGCCGAGGAGACUCAGAACUAUCCUACUUUUGGGGCGGAUCUCCUCCGAGAAGUACGGGUAGUACUAAGAGGUCUCAAAAUCGCUCACCACCAUGUCACUGUUGAGGAUCCUAUAAGUGGAAGGGAUAUAUUUAUCAAUAAUGUGAUCAAUGAAUGCGGCUUUUGUUAA